AGAAAGAUGGCGCCCACACACGUACUGAGAUGCUGUCAACGGGGUUUAGCAUGGAUACCUGUGAUUUUCAUCGCGCUGGUCGUCUGCUGGUCUUAUUACGCUUAUGUGGUGGAGCUGUGUAUAUUCACCAUCAGCAGUAUAGGAGAGCAGAUUGUCUACCUGAUCUUCUUCCACCUCUCUUUCAUCAUGUUUGUAUGGUCUUACUGGAAGACCAUCUUCACCAAUCCUGCCAGCCCCUCGAAAGAGUUCUGCCUGCCCAAGGCUGAGAAGGAGCGUUACGAGAAGGAAGAGAGGCCAGAGUCCCAGCAAGAAAUCCUGUGGAGAGCAGCCACCAGUCUGCCUCUGUACACCCGCACAGGAGCUGGAGCAAUCCGUUACUGUGAUCGCUGUCAAGUUAUCAAGCCAGACCGGUGUCAUCACUGCUCCGCAUGUGACAUGUGCGUGCUAAAGAUGGAUCACCAUUGUCCCUGGGUGAACAACUGCGUAGGAUUCUCCAAUUACAAGUUCUUCAUCCUCUUCUUGGCCUACUCGCUGGUCUACUGUUUGUUCAUUGCUGCCACCGUGCUGCAAUAUUUCAUAAAGUUCUGGACAAACGAGCUGCCAGACACUCACGCCAAAUUCCAUGUCUUGUUUCUUUUUUUUGUGGCGGCCAUGUUCUGCAUCAGUAUUCUGUCCCUCUUCAGCUACCACCUAUGGCUUGUAGGGAAGAACAGGUCCACUAUAGAGGCGUUCAGAGCACCGGUCUUCAGGACAGGCUCCGAUAAGAACGGUUUCUCUCUGGGUUUCCGGAAGAAUAUCGCUCAGGUGUUUGGAGAUCAGAAGAAGUACUGGCCGCUGCCGGUCUUCACCAGUCAGGGAGAUGGUCUGACGUUCCCGACACGGCUGGUCAAUGGAGACGCAGAGCAAGCCACAGUGACCCUGCAUCCAGAGCCCAAUAAAAGUGCUGAUGAUGUCCCCGUGAGCCCGCUCAGCGAGUCACAGAACCGCCUACUGAUCAACGACCAGCACGCCAACAACGUCGGAGAGCAUGCAGCUAAUAACACCCUCAAAUCAGCUGACAGUGAAACCAUUACAAUCUCCAUGGAGAGCGAGUCCUAACCAGGGGAAACUCAGUCAUCUAAUACGAUGCCUUAAGCAACGCAACAGUUUAGUUUGUCACCAUGGAAACAGUCUCCUAGUGCAACCUCAUCCCCUCGGAUCCAUUCAGAGUAACUAUGGAAAUGCAUUCCUUUUGCCUGUCACCGCACAGUAAUGCAUCUAUGGCAUUGGCAUUUUUCGCAUGCAGUGUCAUUAGCAAAUCUCACACCUGCCCCUAUAAGACAUAUGACACAAGCUUGUUCCCUCUCACACCAACACACACACACACACACACACACACUCACACUCACACUCACACUCACACUCACACUCACACUCACACUCACACAUAAGCUAGAAGUCGCAUAUUCAGCUGUAUACAUAUUUUUUAUUUUUUUCUCACAACUGGAGCAUUUGUUGAAGAUGAAGGACAACAUCUAAGAAUCCUGGAGGGAAUAGGAGCUACUUUUGGUGUUUAAUGAGUAAACAUUAUUUUUUGUGCCAAAAGCUUCCUGGGUGCACCAGGACUCACAAGGAUAGGCACAACGCUGCAGUGAAGAGCAGGGGCAGAAGCUGGAGCAGUAUGUGUGUUUUUCAGCCAUUUUUUUUUUUUUUUAGAAAGGCAAGCAGUACAUCCCGCAGAGAUGGCCUUAUUUUUGUUUUGUAUUUUAACAUGUCGGAGCUUAUGUAUGGCCUGCACCUUUUUUAAUACACCCAGGCUGUAUUACAGAGGACUCUACUGCAUGGCUCAGUUGGACUGAACCACUGCAAAACAGGGAAGACUGUAGCUGGGAGGUUUGGAUGGCAUUUUGGAUAUCGGAGCACAAGGUGGCGCAUUUGCACUUUGUAGAUUAUCAAUGUCCAUCAAAGCUGCUUUUUAUCAUGUCCAAAAAGCACCCCAGGUAAAAUGGAUGUGUUUCAUGGUGUAAUGUGUGAGUGUGUAUGUGCGAGUGAGUGUGUGUGUGUGAAUAUAUGUAACAGUUGAAGUGGAUUUUUUUUAAAGAGCUAACAAACUAAAAUCAGCUUUGUGUUUGUUUUUUUUUGUGGCCAACUUGUGUUAAAACGUGCUGCUUAUAUUCAGACAGUUUGACCUGGGAGAUGCAUUUCACACAGUGCAAAUAUGCAACAUCCUUCACUACCUAUUCUUUAGCUGAUCAGUGAUUCUUCGCAAUGUUCCCGUCAGCCCACAGUUUCUACAGCCUGUUGUUUUUCUACAGCUCAGCGCUUCAACCUUUACUAAAGACACCAACAUUCAUUGCCAAAUAAGGGCUGACCUGUCAGGAGCUCUGACCUCUGAACCUAAAGUGUUUACAACAUCCUAGCUUUAUCUUAGCCAGUGUCAUCAUAACCAAAUUGUAUUCACCAGUCGUUGAGGCGCAAUAUUUUAUACAAGGUUGAUCUGUCCUUCCUGCCUUUGGUGGGUCAUGAUGUCCUUGCUGUGCCAGCACUGGCCACCAGGUGGCGACAAGGCUCCUGUCAUCUGCCCUCAUGCAGAUGGAGAGUUUUCUGUACCACAGUAUAUCAUCAUAACAUCUGGCUCAGGGCUCAAUUCACUUUCAGUGUGGUUUGCAGGUGCAGCUUUCUUCAGAAUUCAAUAUUUUUCAUAACAAGUAAUUAAUAUGCAUUAUUUUUUUUGUAAUAUCUCCGAAACCGUAAUUAAUUUGGAAAGAAAGUGUAUUGAACCCAACUGAUCUUCUGUAAAAAAAAAAAAAACUUAGGUGUUGAGUUUAUCUUCUCCUCACCUUGUCUACGCUAAACAUUUUUGUGUUUGGGGAUUGGCAUCAGUGUUGUGAACUUGAACCAUUAAAGGAGCCUUUAGUGAAUUGUCUUAUGUUCGUGCUGAACAACUGGGAUGUGACUGUGACUCUGAGGGUCUGACAAAGUAUCUGAACAUUUCUCAAUGCACCAGAGAAAUUAUUAGACGGCGUUACUCAUCCAUUUCAAAAUAUGGGAUAUUUCAUUGGAGGAAUGGAGCAUUUUUGUAAGGACAACCAAAUAAAACUAGUUCAGGAAUGAGUUAUAUCCUUUUCCUAUGGAUUUUGUUAGUUAAUAUGCAACUUUCUGACUCAUGUUGGAGGGAGAUGGACCUAAAUCCACAGCGAAAACCCUGAUGUCUCUCUGGUCACAUCCCUGUGACUGCGGGACGAGUCUAUUAUUAACUAGAUCCCAGACGACUCUGGUGAUGUACAAGUUUACAGCUGUUUCUAUUGUACAGAGUGAGUAAUGGUGGUGUUGUACGGUGUGUUUCUCAGUAAUCGUUGUCACAGUCGUGCUGAACGUACACAGAAAGAACAGUGAGGAUGUGUUGAUCCAAUGAGCGUUUACGUUUUAACCUUCCAAUCAUGUUUAACCUUUUUGAGCCCAUAUGUAUUUAUAAUUACUUUUUACCAACCAGUGAUUGGAGGAUAUUUGUUAAUAUACUGAGUAAGUUCAUGAUGGGCUCAGCGUCAGACACACUGUGGUUUGAUCUCAAAUCAACAGUUUAAAUUACUGUCUUAUCUUUUCUGAACCUCACACAUCAACAUUUAGUAAAAAAAAAAAAAAAAAAAGAUAUAUAUUCUCUACCAUCUAUAAGGAGCCUGGCUCGGUCUGCUCAUUACUUCUGGCCACUGAUUCUGAAACAUUGGACCUGUCUUGUUUUAUAAAUUGCCUCUAUUCUCUCUCUCUCUCUCUGGGCUGUUUGGCCUUGAGACUAAAGUGCGCGUGUGUAUUUUGUAACGCUUAAUUGAGUGUUCUUUUGUAAUAUUGUCGUCUUGGGAGAAAAUGCUUCUGUGUAGCCAUGAUAUUUUUUACAUGUGUAUGCACAUAACGUCUGACUAAUGCUCAAAAGCAUGGCACCUAACCACUGUAAACAUGUUUACCAUGAUAACAGGGAUUAUGGUGUUAAAACAGACAUUGGGGUAUUUUCCAAGUAUAGCUACUGUAGGUGUGUCAUGUUUUCAAUUUGCUUUACUCUGGUCUGUCUCAACUUUAUAAAUGAAGCCAUAAAAACUACAAUGAAAACGGAGGAAGGAUCUGAAAAAUUGUCUAAUUUCUUCUUUUUUUGAUAGACUUACAAAAUACUGUACUUCUGUUUUCACAGUGCAGAUGUAACCUAUCAUAACUUGCUUAUUGCUACCUUUUGGUUUGUUUUUUGUUACAAUGUCCUAUUUUACAAUGUGUGUAUGUAUAUAUAUAUAUAUAUUGAUAAUGUAAGAAAAAGACUACAUAUAUAUUUUUCUUGUCUUAUUAAUUUUACUGUUCCUAUUUUGUGAAUGAAGUACACGCCUCUACACAAUUAACGUGAAAAUAACAAUAAAUGUGUUUUUUUUUAAAAACCU